AUGGUAGACUUUCCCAAGCUGGCUGACAACAUGAUCGUCGUCUGCUUCGGCACCGAGAGCUGGGUGCGUGACCACGACAAGCUGACCGAGAUUGGAAUUGCGACCUUCGACUUGCGCGACAUGCGCACCUUUAAGAGCCCGGGAAUGCAUGGCGACAGCUUGCUAAAGCAAGUUUACUUCUACCAUGCCCGAAUUGAAGAGAACGCCCAUGUGAUAAACAUCAAGUACUGCCCAGGCGAUCUGGACUCGAACUGCUUUGGACAGACCCGUUUCGCCAACUCUUCUGAUGCCACCAAGAUGCUCGAAAGCAUUUUCAAGUGGUCAUUCGACGCGGAAUACCCUGAACUUGGUUUCUGCCCUGUCAUUGUCAUGGGCCAUGCCCUCAGCGGUGAUCUCGCCAUGCUCUCCCGCACCCUCGGCGUGCAUGCCGCCGUCUUCGACACUGUCGUCUCCAUUAUCGACACACAGCAGCUGUGCCGCGAGACUUGCUCCUGGACCUAUCACAACCUGGCUAAUCUCCAGAAACUAGUUUCCGAGGCCAAUUUUCACUACCGCGAUACACAUACGGCCUGCAACGAUGCCGCCAUGACUCUAAUCUGUGCAGUGCACAUGGUAUUGCCAUCGGAGCUCAAGACCAAUGCUUCCGGCAAUUCGACAGAUGGAGGUCCACGCACCCGACAAGAUGUUGUCGACGAAAUCGAGGAGGCUAGUCAGUAUCAGGACUGGUCUUGGGGUACUGCAUCCGCUGCGGUCGACGAGCCCAUGUUCCUGGCAACACAGAUUCGACCCCAUGCCGUGCCAAGUGCCUCCAAGGCUCCGAACCACCGGAAAGCUGCGCGUGGUCAUGCGACGAAGAACUGUAUCUUCUCUGCAAUGCGUGGUCCCGAGGUAGAGGGAGAGGAGGAUUCCGUUGAUCGAGUAACGAAUCGCAUGAGCGCGAUGAGCUUUGACUAUUAG